GCCUGACCCCACGCCUGUCUCCGCAGGGCCGGAGAUGUGGUGAGAGCGCUAGCCAUGGCUGCGCCCCAAGAACUCACCUUUCACGGUGAGUGAAGAAACUCUAAUCCCUCCCCACGAGUACUGGGGCCCCGGGGCCCCCCUCUCCAGCUCCCAUACUCGGGACUCCGACUUCUCUACCUGAACCUCCCCAGAAACUCCAGAGCCCGGUAUCUCCCCGUCCUCCUACCUCCCCCAAGGACCUUUUCACUUUGAUCAAUUCCCAGAGCCCAUGACUCUCCAAACUCCCUCUUGGGACCCAAACUUCCUGUACUAUUAUUAUAAUAAUUAACCUAUAUCCAGAACCUCGUCUAUGUCAGCUCCCUUGCGAAGCGCUUUAAAAUGUUCCAUUUGAUUCACACAACCGUGGGAGGUAGGUGUUAAUACCCCUAUUUUACAGAUGAGGAAACUGAGGCAGAGAUUAUAAGUGACAUGCCCAGGGUGACAGAGCUAGUGUCUGAGGCUGAAUUUGAACUCAGGUCUUCCUGACUCGAGUCUCAGCGCUUCAUCCACUUUGCCAGCUAGACGAUGCUCAUGUUCUGCAUGGACCUUCCCCCCCAGCGCUGUCUGACAGGCUUCCCUUUAAUCCCCCCAACUCCACUGGUUGCUGGGCCUGAAUACAGGGGAGAGGGAGACAAACUGACAAUCCAAAGGGAAGGGAUUAAUGGAUGGCUGGGGCAGGGAGUGGGGGGGGGUGGUGGUGGUGGUGGUGGUUUACUAAUACCCGGCUCUUGAGUUUGGAGGGGGGGGGGCGGCUGGUCACAUCUACAGAAUUUGAAGCGGCUACUGACCAGCUGGCUGAGACACCUGGGGCUGCUGCCAUCUCCAGCCUGGAGGAAUUGCAGGGCCAUGUGAGCCUAGCUGUGGACAAGGAGGACCAAGAAGAUGGUGAAUUAGAAGAGAAUGAUCAGACUCAGUUGCUUGGGGGUGAGAAACAAUCUCCAAAGUUCUGGACCUUCAGCUACCACCAGUCUUUCUUUGAUGUAGAUACAUAUCAGGUGCUGGAAAGGAUUAAAAGUUCACUGUUGCCAGCACCUAGGCAGAACUUUGUGAAACACUGUCUUCGGCAUCAUCCAGACCUAUAUGGGCCUUUCUGGAUAUGUGCUACUUUGGCCUUCACAUUGGCUGUGAGUAGCAACCUGUCCACCCUGCUACAGAGCUGGAGUCAGUCUUCCUUUUCUUAUAGCCCCCAGUUUCAUAAAGUUACUGUUGCAGGGGUCACCAUUUACUGCUAUGCGUGGCUGGUACCAGCAGCACUAUGGGGCUUCCUGCAGUGGCGCAAGGGGGUCAGAGACCGUGUUGGCUGCUAUACCUUUCUGGAGACUGUGUGUGUUUAUGGAUAUUCCCUCUUCAUCUACAUCCCCACUGUGGUCUUAUGGCUCAUCCCCAUCUCAGGCCUUCAGUGGUUUUUUGGGGUCUUGGCUGUGUCCCUUUCGGGGGCUGUGCUCUUGCUCACCUUCUGGCCUCUUGUCCGUUCAGACACCAAGGUGGUAUCGGCAGUGCUGCUUACAGUCAUGGUUGCCCUCCAUGCCCUCCUGGCCAUCGGCUGCAAGAUAUAUUUUUUCCAGUCCCUGCCUUCAAGGUCCGUUCCUGUGACCCAAGCCCCACUGCGCCAGGCCACAGCACCUGGCUCCUCCAGGACUUCUGCAGCCUCCUAAAGGAACAGAGCACCUGGGGGAAGCUGACAGACCAAGUACCAUUAGUCAUCCAGGGGGAGAAAGAAACCACCAGAACAGGGUCCCCCUGCCAAGUGGUCAUCAGGUGAUCUCCACUGAUGGAAGGAACCAUCCGGUGCUGAGUCAUUGUGUCCAUUCUGCUGGUUUGAAGACAUUUCUUACAAAUCAAAAAGUUUAUUUUUUAUGCAAAGGUGAUUUAAAGAGACUAUAUAAACAUGGAACUUCUCCUCACCUGUA